AUGGUUAAAGCUACUCUGCAGUGGACUCUUGUCCUUUUGCUGGUGCUGAUAUUUCCGGAUUGGAUACGUGGUCUCAAAAUCACCCUUCUCCACACCAAUGAUAUGCACUCCUGGUAUGAUCCUAUUUCCAGUAAAGGUGGAAAAUGCAAAGCUGGCGAUGAUGAGCAGGGUUUCUGCUUCGGGGGAUUUGCAAGGGUGGCUGCCGUGGUUGAGGCAGCCAGGAAGGCAGGGACUGAUUCAGUUCUCUAUUUAAACGGUGGCGAUUCCUUUCAGGGAACUCCCUGGUUCUCCGUUUAUCGAGGGAAAAUGGUAGCCCAAAUGCUUAAUUUUUUAGCUCCCGAUGCCAUGACCCUUGGAGUUCAUGAGCUUGACGAUGGAACCGAUGCCUUUGCCGAGUUUUUGGAUAUUAUUAAUUUCCCUGUGGUUAGUUGCAAUAUAAAUCUGAAGGGUGAACCCAAACUGGCCGAGAAUAGUAAAUUGGUAACAUCCACGGUUAUCACAAAGGGUAAAAAUAAGAUUGGCAUUGUGGGCUAUAUAAGGCCGGAUACCAAGGAGCGAACUCAGCCGAAUAAUGUGAUAUACAAACAGGAGGUGCCGGCAAUCAAUAAAGAAACCAAGAAACUGGUGGAUCAGGGAGUGAAUAUCAUCAUUGCCUUGGGGCAUUCGGGAUAUGAUAAGGAUAAGGAGAUAGCCAGGCGUUGUCCGGAUGUGGAUGUUGUGGUGGGUGGCCAAUCGCACACCUUUCUUUAUACCGGAAAAGUGCCUAGCAAAGAAAAUUCGGAGGGUCCCUAUCCCACAAUUGUGGUGAAACCUGAUGGCCGGAAAGUCCCAGUGGUUCAGGCCUAUGCUUAUACGAAAUAUCUGGGAAAUCUAUCACUGGAAUUCGACAAUGGUGGAAACCUUCUCAGUUUCAAGGGAAGUCCAAUUUUACUGGACAAUCGCUUUAAGCCUAGAAAGGAUGUUCUGGAAUUUCUUGAUCAGCACCGCCAGGUGAUCGAAGAUAUGGAACGCCAUGUGGUGGGUACAACCUCGGUUUAUUUGAAUGGCGAUAGAAGAAGCUGCGGUUUUGGCGAGUGCAACUUUGGUAACAUUAUAGCAGAUAGCUUUGUUUAUGCCCGAGUGCUGGAGACCAUGCCGGAUAGAAGAACUUGGACAGAUGCUCCCAUAGGACUAAUCAAUGCGGGUGCCAUUAGAGCCUCCAUUGAUCCCGGGGAAACGGGUGCCAUUACAGAGGCCGAUGUGAUGACUGUACUUCCUUUCAGUCACGAAAUGUUCUACACCAGGAUCAGUGGCAGCCAACUGAUGAAGGCCCUGGAGCACUCCCUUCAAUUGCGCAGCAAACAGAUGUCCAGUUCCUACCUUCAGAUGUCCGGAAUCCGAAUGAAGUUCAACCACAGCCGUCCGAAGGGCGAGAGGAUCACCGAGAUCAGGGCCCUGUGCUCUGCCUGCCAGAUUCCCCAUUACGAGCCUGUGGAAACGGAUAAGUAUUACGGAAUAGUUCUCACCUCCUUUCUGUUAAACGGCGGCGAGGGCUACAGCUUCAUCGAUCCCAAGCGGCCGGAAGUGCAGAAUCUGAGCAUCCUCGAUCGCAAUGCGGUUAUCCGGUAUCUGCAGGAGCACAAGGUCAUCUAUCCGGAACGGGAGGAACGCCAGGCUCCGCAGGAGAAGCACUUGUCCAACUCGAGUUCGAAAUGUUUGAUAGAAACCUUCUUUUUCCUACUCUACCUUUUGUACUUUCGUAACCUCCGAGUUCUCGGUGGUUAA